AUGUCCAACCCCCGUGUCUUCUUCGACAUCACCAUUGGCGGUGCGCCCGCUGGCCGGAUUGUCAUGGAGCUCUUCGCCGACCAGGUCCCCAAGACUGCCGAGAAUUUCCGUGCGCUCUGCACUGGUGAGAAGGGAACCGGCCGCUCUGGCAAGCCCCUUCACUACAAGGGCUCCAACUUCCACCGCGUCAUCCCCCAGUUCAUGCUUCAGGGUGGUGACUUCACCCGUGGCAAUGGCACCGGUGGUGAGAGCAUCUACGGCGAGAAGUUCGAGGAUGAGAACUUCAACCUGAGGCACACUGGCCCCGGUAUCCUCUCCAUGGCCAACGCCGGCCCAGGAACCAACGGAUCCCAAUUCUUCAUCUGCACCGUCAAGACCUCAUGGUUGGACGGCAAGCACGUCGUCUUCGGACAGGUCGUCGAGGGUCUUGAUGUUGUCCAGGCCGUCGAGAAGGUCGGCUCCUCCAGCGGAUCCACCUCCAAGACCGUCACCAUUGCAAACUGCGGUCAAUUGUAA